UUCUUUGUUAUUUUCUUCUUCUUAUUUAGGGUUUCGCCCAUUCCUUCAUUUCAAUCCCAACCCAUUCAUUUGAUUUCUCUUGUUUUGGUUUCCCCAGUUUGUGGAUGGAGAUUUGGGGACCGAUUACUCAAGGCCAGGUAGCAUUUUGCGUUGGAUUCAUCCCAAUAAUUGCAGCAUGGUUGUACUCCGAGUUGUCGGAGUGCUGUAGAAAGCAUUCUUCUUCUUCUUCGAGACUGAAUUCAGCUGAUGGUUUAGAUGAUUUUAGUCUGAGAAGAAAUGGCUCAGAUUCAAAAGCUCUCUUGUUGGAGAGUGGUUAUCUUCUAUCAUCUUCGACCUCUGUCAGAUUCUUUCUAUUCGACAAGACAUUCUACUCUGAUAACCGUCUCACAUUAAGAGCCAUGUCUGAAAUCGGAGUUAUUUUGGUCUAUUUCUUCAUAUGCGACCGAACAAAUCUGCUUGGGGAGUCUGCAAGGCAAUAUAGCCGAGAUAUUUUCUUCUUUCUUUAUUUUCUCCUUGUCAUUGUUGCGGCAAUGACUUCAUUUACAAUCCACCAUGACAAGUCACCAUUCUCUGGAAAAUCUGUUCUCUAUCUGAAUAGACACCAGACCGAAGAAUGGAAAGGCUGGAUGCAGGUGUUGUUUGUGAUGUAUCACUACUUUGCUGCAAAAGAAAUUUACAAUGCAAUCCGUAUUUUCAUUGCCUCAUAUGUUUGGAUGACCGGAUUUGGGAACUUCUCUUACUAUUACAUCCGAAAAGACUUCAGUCUCGCCAGGUUUUGUCAGAUGAUGUGGAGGCUUAAUUUCUUUGUGGCGCUCUGUUGUGUUGUGCUUGAUAACCAUUACAUGUUGUAUUACAUUUGCCCCAUGCACACCUUCUUCACUCUCAUGGUCUAUACUGUACUCAGAAUCUUUAACAAAUAUAACGAACGAGGAUCAGUGAUUGCAGUAAAAAUUGGUCUUUGCUUCUUGAUCAUUAUUGUGAUAUGGGAGAUCCCCGGAGUUUAUGAUGUAGUGUGGAGUCCAUUUGCAUUUCUCCUGAGUUACAAUGAUCCAAGUGCGAGAACCAAAUACAGCCCCAUGCAUGAAUGGCAGUUCCGUGCAGGACUUGAUCGGUAUAUUUGGAUCAUUGGAAUGAUUUAUGCGUACUAUCAUCCGACCGUUGAGAGAUGGUUGGAAAAACUGGAAGAAGCCGAAGCAAAGCUAAGGAUAUCAAUCAAAGCAUUUGUUGUUCUGAUUUGCUUCGCGAUGGGUUAUGCCUGGUAUGAGUAUAUAUACAAACUCGAGAAGUAUGCAUACAACAAGUACCAUCCAUACACAUCGUGGAUUCCGAUUAGUAUAUACAUCUGCUUGAGAAACAUCACUCAGAGUUUCCGGAGUUACUCUUUGACCCUCUUCGCAUGGCUCGGAAAAAUUACACUCGAGACAUACAUAUCACAGUUCCACAUCUGGCUCAGAACAGGAGGGCCUGAUGAACAGCCUCAAAAGUUGCUGUCUUUGAUCCCCAACUAUCCAAUGCUCAACUACCUGCUCACAACAGCAAUAUACAUUGCGGUUACGCAUAGGAUAUUCCAGCUGACAAAUAUAUUGAAGUCGGUGUUCUUGCCGAGCAGAGACGAUAAGCGCCUCGUUUAUAACAUUGUCAUCACUACAAUUGUUGUGAUGAUCUUAUAUACAUUGUCAUGGGCAUGUCUCAAUGUUCCAAAGAUGCUGGCAUGGGGUUAAUAUCCAAUGCUGAUGCUGAAACAGAUAUGUGUUAUCUUCAUUGGCUGUGACUGAAAGCACUUGUUUUUGUUUGGUAUUUAUACAUGAAACAGGGUUGAAAUGGCUUUCAAUGGGAGCUAGUGGUAUCAGUGAUUCA